AUGUUUGGUUGCUUCGGCCAGUCCUAUGACCCAUGCAAACUGGCUAUUCUGACCACUGGUCUCUCUCUCGUGACUUAUUUUGUGAUCAAGCUCAUGAAGAUGAGGCUCAAGCUUUUAGAAGACCAAUCAAAGCCAGAACGAGAGCCUGGCUUCGAGGACCUUACAUGGAAACUUUCAUCCCUGGAGGUUUUGGUCCGGUGUUUCACGGACAGGAAGAUUUAUGAUAUCUACACUGUGUCGGAUGUGCCUUGUCUCUGA